AACUGACAUUGCCAUUUGAAUUGGAUUUUUAGAGGUUGUUGUUGUCGUUGUCAUUUUUUUCAGAUUAUUUUUAGUAAAAUAUCAUAAUUUAAUAAAAAAAUGUUAGUGAUCUUUCUCAGCAUACACUGUCUGUGGUACCUCAUAUACUCGAAUGACUAUCAAAGGGUUAUUAUACAAUAUAACUCUAUAUUGUAUCUACUAAUUAUGAGUAACUCAACGUUGUAUGCACAUUGUUUUGAUGUCAGAUGAUUGGAAGCGAUCGGCAUGAAAUCUUGGACCUAAGUUUUAAAAUUUUAUCGACUUUGAUGGUGUUACACAAUGUAAACCACUGUUUAUUCAGUUAUUUUCGUGUCAAUUGAAAUGGAGAUGGUUAAAUUUAUAGAUCGAUCAAGAUAUCACAUCAAUUUAUAAAAUCAUUACCUAUUGGUCUUAAUUAUGCAGAAAGCUACAACUCAGGUGGCGCAUAGUCUAGUCAAACAAUUAGUUGCUCAUCUCAGCCUACAUGAAUCCGACUUCACAUUGUCUGAACGUACAAGUUUAGUUCAGGUUAUCGGACUAGUUGUAAUUAGUUUAGCAAAGGGAGCAAUCGGACCAGAUGUAUUUCAUAAUUUUAAAUCAUUACUUCAAAUCUUAAAAGCCAGUAUUGAUAAAACUUCACAAAUAUCUGAUCUUGAUCAACCUUCAUUUAAUGAUUCUAAUCGAAAAUUAUCUGGUGAACGUCAGUUUCAAGAGGCAAUUAUCAAUACUAUAGCCGAAUUUGCUAAAAAUCUUCCGGACACGCAAAAAAUUGAAAUAUUGAAAUUUAUAUUGAAUUUUGAGCCAAUGGUUAACUAUCAUCCAGAGUAUGGUGAUCGUCCGAAACCGUUAAUUAUGGUCCUAUUACAAACUAUGCUAACUGUCGCCACACAAUAUAAAACAGUGGCUAUAUCGAACGCAUUGAAUUCGGACUUUCUAAAUCUUUUAUUACGUGGUGUCGCGAUUGAUCCAGAUCCCGUCAUACGAAUAAUUGUACAGAAAAUACUACAUACUUUAAUUGAUCGACAUGGGAAUACGGAACAGUUGUUGACUGUUCGAAUUUACGGUGAGAAUGGAUUGAGCAAUUAUUUUAUUUUGGAGAAGCCAGAAAGACAAGAUAUUUUAUUCAUGAAAAAGACUGGUGUGUUAUUCAUUGAAAAUAUCUAUCAUCAGUUAUUAGAUCCUAGUAACAAAGUAGAUAAUUUAGAAUAUCUGUCAUGCACUGUUGGAUUGGUUGCCUUAGAAAUGGGUGCAGAACAGGUUAUUACGGAAUUGUUUCGUUUAAUCUUAGCAGUUCAAACAAAAAUCAUUGAUGAAAAUACGUAUAUGCCGUUAACACAUCGCUGUGCUUUACAUGCAUUAUUAGCUAGUACAAUAACAUUACUCGUUCAAUUGAUUAAUCUUCAAUCACUUAGUGAACAUAUUUAUACUGUUAUUCAAUGUCGACGAGACAUAGCACCGUGGUUACUGCCUUCUGUUGCAUUUAAUCGAACAAAUACUGUGGAUAGCUAUCCAACUGAAUUUGAAAUAAAUGAUAAUCUAUUGUUUUCAUCAGAUAAAAUAACUGAAUCAUUAGUAAAUGCUGGUUAUGAUAUUACGGUUUUGUCAAUUCCUUAUAAUCCGAUUUAUUUACGAUUAUAUGAUGGCAAAUCUCCUGAUCCACUUAUCGAUGGUACCAAUUAUCCACGUGUAAGUGGUAAUGAACAUUUUACUAAUCAAUCAGUUUAUUAUGGUACUGUUGAUGAUAGAAAUUCCAGUAUUGCGAACUCGGCUCCUGGUGCACGUAUGAAUUCAACAUGUUUAGAUGGAACAAUGCUAUGUCGUGAAAGCAGCCUUGUAGAAAGCGGUACAUGCUUUGCUCAAUCUGGAAGUAGUUUUUCGCUAACGGAUAGCCUUUAUUCAGUGGCAGAUUCAACUAAUAUGGUCGAUGAAUACUUAUCAUUCAAGAAUAUGCGCAAAAUAAUUAGUGACGGAGACGAAAUUCAAAAACCACUGAAAUUUGUCGAAGAAGAUCGUUUAUUAGGUGGAUGUUUUAAUUCAUCUGAAUUCAAUGAAAUCUGUGCUCAACAACGUGAAAAAGCACAUUCAGUACGUGCACAUAUGGCUGAAGUAUUUGAUGAUAUAUCAUCUUGUGAUUUCUAUCUACAUGAUAUGUCUCCACCUAUUGCUAAUGGUCCGAAAAAACUACAAGGGCGUGAAAAUUUCAAUCCUUCAUCUGUCAAUGAUACAGUCAAUAAUAAAUUCACUUCUGAUCAAUUGAAUGCCAAUAUUAGUUUACCUAUUGGCGGUGGUAAUCGUACUGGUGACGGUAGUGGUGGUAUAAAAUUAUCGAAGAAAUUAAAUAAAUCAAGUCAAGCUGUUUGGGAACGUGAAUUCGGAUCAUUGUUUUUUGUUUAAUUCAUCAAUCAUUCCCUUUUCUUUCUACAAAGGUCCUCGCUUUUUUCGGUGUUGUUCCGUCUCUGUUAUGUCCUCAUUCUGUGUGUUUUCCUUUUCAUUUACCAUGUUUUGUUUAGAAUGAGUACGAAAUCAAUCUCGUUUUGUGUGCUUGCCACUCUUAUGUAUUUCCCUAUACUUUGUAAAAUUGGAAAUAAUCUCAACACUGAUCAUUUUUUGUUUAAAAAUGAAGUGUUUAUUACAUUGAAGUGGAAAAAGUACAACAAUAAUUUUUUUUCUUGAAAUCUUUUUCAACUAUGAAGUUAUGAUGCAUCUAUACACAAAUGGCUGACUUCAUGUGUUUAUGUUUUUCACCCUCAUAAUACUUUCUGGUAAACAGUAAAAUCAUCAACAUUAUUGUUAUUUUUUUAAAAACUAAUAGUGAAUUAUUUGUGUAUUUGUCAUUUUAAACAAAAACACAACUGUGAUCUGUUCUCUUAUUUGUGUGUAUGUAUGUUUUUGCGAGUGUGCUUAUACUCACGUGACUAUUUAGUUUAAUUACUUGUACAAAGGAGUUGAAUUUAAAUAAAAUCAACAAUCAAAAUUACUCGUAGUUGUUUAUAAUUAUCCUAUUUUUUCUCUUCAUAGUUGGCUAAUUUUCUGUUUUUCGACCAUUUAAAAUUGAGCAAAGCAAUAAUGACACAAAUUCAUUAUGUAUAUUUCUAAUUGGUAUUAUUAUAAGUGGCUUGUAUUUCGUUGUCCCAAAUAUACAUAUAUAGCGAGAGAGAUAGAGAAAUAUGCAUGUUGAAUCUAAAUAUAAUUAUGUACAGAUACAAACUGAGUAAUAUAUGACGUGUGUAUUUGUUUAGAAGAGCGUAAUGAUUUCUCAUUAUUGCUAUAAUGACUAUUAACUGUUUUACUCUUUCCAAUUCAAUAGAUUUUGUAACAUGUUAAUGAUGUGUACUUGCUUAGACAAAUCAAUUAUUACAAUGUUGAUUGACAAUUUGUUUUAAAAUGUUCGUUCGAUUUAUUUAUUUCUUUUAUAGAUAAUUUUUAUCUAUUUAUCUUUCAAAUAUUUAUUGCUUUAUGGUGAAAUAAAAUAAGUAUACUGUGAACCAUUUGGAUUUUGCUAUAUUAUAUCAUUUAGUGGUGACAAUGCAGAUUUUCCAACUCUAGAUGGAUGCAUUCGGGUGUAUUGUGUUCUUUGUUGAACGGAAUAAAUUAUAAUUGCGAGGCUUUCAUUAUUAUUCAUCAAUGUUUCACCUAGGUGUAUUGUAAUGAAAUUCUUAGUUAAAAAUUAUAAUUACUGGCUAACAACAGAACCCAGAAUAGUUUUCUUCAAUUGUUGCUUGCUUAUCAUGACAUAACUUAAUUAAUAAGCAUCCCGUUAUUUGAUACCAUAUGUUUGAUUGCAGUAAAUGAUUCUCAGCAUAACUAUACAAUAUUACAAUAGAUCUCGGUUUUGUUAUCCGUUUUAACUGCUACCAUUCAAAAUGUUAAAAAAAGACAAGUUUAUCACCUGUGUUAUUAACUGCCAUUCAUCUUUAUCCACAAACAUUCUUUGACCAGUCGUUCUCCAAGUCGCAGCUCCUUACAAUAGAGCUGUCUUGACGUUCGUAUUGAAGAUUCUCACUUUGGUGUUUGUUGACAGUUUUUUUGAGUUCCAUAUGUUGUUCAACUGUAGGACUGCUGCUCUUGCUUUACAAAUCCUUGCCUUUAUGUCUGCAUCGGAUCCUCCUUGUUCGUUGAUGAUACUGCACAGAUACGUGAAAGUUACCACCUCUUCCAGAGAUUCUCCUUCAAGCGAGAUUGGGUUCGUGUCCUCCGUGUUAUAUUUAAGGAUUUUCCUUUUUCUCUUGUGUAUAUUAAGGUCUACUGAUGUAAAGACUGCUGCAGUCCAGUUGUAUCCAAGCUUUCCAUUGUACUCCGUGCUUCCUCUCAGAUGUCUAAGUCUUCAUGAUCCAGUCAAUCGCCUGAAGAACGAGGAAGGGGGAGAUUUGAUAGCCUUGUCUGACACCGGUUCUCACUUGGAAUGCAUCUGUUCAACGAUGAUCCGUAGUGUCGCAACUUGGUCCUUACGGAAUCCUGUCUGUUGAUCUCGAAGCUGGAUAUCUAUUGAAUCUUUCAUCCUGUUCAGCAACACUGUUGGAAAUUUUUCCACGAGUCUAGUGAAUCCUAAUGACUAUAAAAUUAUUCGAUGUGUAUUGUUGUAUUCCAUUUUCCUUUUGAUGUUAUACUUAGUGUUGAACUUAACCAGCCUUUGCUAAUAUAUGUGCUCCUUAAGCAGUAUAUCGUGCUAUUACUUGAAGGCUGUCUCAACAAUUGAAAAAUACAAACUUUUAAAACUAGUAAAAUACACUUUUACAUAAAAUAGUUUUCAGAUACUUGAGUAUAUUUCUGUCAAAUCUACCAUCAUGUAUUUUGGAAAAUGUUUGUCUGUCAAUUAAGAAUUUUUUAAUAACAAAUCUAUUCUAGUUAUACUUGAGGGACAGAUCAUCAGUAUGUUAGUAAUUUGUUUUUUUUAUCGUAAUAUACAUGUACAUAGAAAUAAUAACAUUAAAUUCUAUAUAAUGUGUGGUAUGUAUGUAUGAGAUGAAUAAACAAUUUGAUAUAAUGCAUUCAUAUAGUGUCCUUAGAAAGGUCAUCUAAAUUAGCAUUUUCAAUUUUUAGUAGCUGGAAUUAUCACGAAAUUUUUUCUGAAGGAAGAGAUUAAGGUAACAACUGUGUUAGAUGCUACAGUGCUUUUCAAUGAUAACGUAUAAUUAAUGGAAUUACACCUCAAUAAUUGUAUGCUGAAUGAGAAUAAGGCCUUUAGUAGUGAAAUUUCAGUUGUGUUACACUGGAUAAGCAACUAAUUUUGUGUGCCGUAAAAAUAUAUAGGGACUCAUUAUUAGUCGUUUUAAAAUAAACGAAACUGACCAAUAGAGUUGCGAUAACACUUCAGUAUAUGCCUAAUACCCUGACGUACACAGUUUUGUUUUAUGAAUUCAUUACUAAAAAUAUUGAUCCAUUCUACGAACUGAAGUAGCCUAAUUCCUAUAGUUCUCAUUUGUCAAUAAAUUUCGAUGUUUCAUCAUUAUAAUACAGUCAAAAUUAAGUAAAUAAAAUUCAAUUGUUACACUAGAUAUGACAUAUAAAUAAGUUACAAUUCAAUUUGUUAUACUUCACAUCACUAUCAAGUGAAGUGAAAUAAGUGCUGAGCAAAGUGAUCGAAAUAAUUGUAAUGUUUAUGGUAGUAAAAAAGAGUACAUACUAUAUUUGGAAAGUUUUAGGUCUUGUUGCUGAUACUAAGGAGUGCAAUAAAUUAGUUUUUAUUGGUAUGGUAAAGUCGGAUUGUGGCCAGUUGUGAAAUUUAAGCCGCACGCUUCAUCUUAUUUGUGACUUCUUAGCUAGAUGUACUCAGUAACAUAGUGUAUAAAAAUUAAGAUUUCAAGCUUUAGGUACCGGGUUCCGUUCUCAGUGUACACAAAAAACUGGUACAUCCAGCUGGCGAAUCUUGAAUUAAACGAAACGCUUGUUCUUAAUUUCACAGCUCGCUUCAAUUCAACUUUACUUAAAAUUGGAGAAUAUAUUUUGAAAUGUAAGAAUAAAUUUAUAUUAUACAAAGUUUGAAAUUCAAUAUAUAUAUUUCGGAGAUUUAUGUUGAUAAUUAUUUAAAUACAUGAACGAACGUAUAGCGUUAUAUUUUUUCUGUAAGAAAAAAUUUAAAAAUCAGGGUAUUAAUAAUUUUAUUAUGUAGACAUAAUUAUCUAAAAAUGAUAUUCCCAUUGCUAGCUUUUACACAAACAGUAUUCCAAACUUACUUCCAACUACUAAGAAAUGAACAUGGGAAUGAAUUUAAGGUUUUCUGAGGACUAAUAUAAAUUUAUACCAUUUAGAGUAAACCAGAUCGUCUACAUUAUUAACUUUAAUUACUAUAUGAGAUAAUGUGAGCAGUUAUUGUGUGUGUGAAUAGCAUCAAAAUAAAUUGCCUUAUAUUCUAGUAAUAAGUCGUAUUUUGUUGAGUCAACUAUUAUGAAAGUGUGAUUGUUAUUACUGGUAGCAUUGAAUGAUGACUAUAGUAUAUUACAAAUUGCCUGUAUUUGGAAUUGGAAAUCAUUGACUUUAGUCAAAAAUAGUACUCUAAAUGUACCGCGGUCAUCAUGGGACUUAAACUUGUGAAUAUGCAUUGUUUUAGAUUAAAAAUAUGAAUUAACAAUGGCUCUUAAGUUUCCAGGUAAACUCAUCUAGCAAUAAAAGUCAACUUUAAUUAGAUGUAAACGUCUAUUCAUUUACUAUAUUUUGGAUGAUAUUACACGUGUGAAUAGCUCAAAAAUAUAGAUUAAAUCAAAAGUAGGUUAAACAAAACAUGUAAUAUUAACUUUAAGCUAAGUUCUAUUG